ACGACCAAACUCGAGUUGGGGGAGAACGGUGUUUUCCCAUUGGAUACAAGCUACUGUCAAUCGGAUGGCGGGGAGGGCUCAGUUGUCUUUUAUAGGACGACGACGGUCCGAGAUGUUUGCAUAGAGUUGUACUAUAGGGUGGUGACUUCUGUCAAUCACAAGGUGGGUGGGGUCUGUGAGGGGCAGCUGUGGAGAGUCCGGGCGGCGGCGAGUGAGCCGGGCGGAGCCGGCAGUGGAGGCAGCCGAUAGAACUUAUCCGAUUUACACCCUGUCAUCUACAAAAAGAACCUUCCAGCAGAGAUGGCUGCCAUUCGAAAGAAACUUGUCAUUGUGGGAGAUGGAGCUUGUGGAAAGACCUGCCUCCUUAUUGUCUUCAGCAAGGACCAAUUCCCAGAGGUCUAUGUCCCCACUGUCUUCGAGAACUACGUGGCUGACAUUGAGGUGGAUGGAAAGCAGGUAGAGCUUGCUCUGUGGGAUACAGCUGGCCAAGAGGACUAUGACCGCCUGAGACCCCUGUCUUACCCAGACACAGAUGUCAUCCUCAUGUGCUUUUCUAUUGACAGCCCUGACAGUUUAGAGAACAUCCCUGAGAAGUGGACUCCAGAGGUGAAGCACUUCUGUCCCAAUGUGCCUAUCAUCCUGGUGGGAAACAAGAAGGACCUGCGUAACGAUGAGCACACACGCCGGGAGUUAGCCAAGAUGAAGCAGGAACCAGUGAAACCGGAGGAUGGCCGGGACAUGGCCAACAGGAUUAGUGCUUUUGGCUACUUGGAAUGUUCUGCCAAGACAAAGGAUGGUGUACGGGAAGUGUUUGAGAUGGCCACCCGGGCUGCCCUGCAGGCCAAGCGUGGCCGCAAGAAGACCUCAUGCCAACUGCUGUAAUUCCUCCCCAGCCUGCCUUCCCUGCCUGCAAGCCAAGCCAGCCUUCCAGGCUUGCCUCCCCUCUGAUACCAUGCUGAAGGCAGGACUGGUAUGUCUCUUCAGAGGGGGAGCCUGCUAGAGUGGGGCAGGGGUUCUUCUGGAGCAUGGUAACUAACUGUGGAAGUGGGGUUCCCAGUCUGCCCCAGGCUCUUCCCAUCACUGUGCAAGGGUAGCAUUUUCCCCUUCCAUCACAGGCUUCUGACCCCUCUCGCAGAAGGUUGGAAGAUGCUGACCCCUGAUGGGUCAGUGGGAGAGCUCCUUGUCCUUCUGCGCGCUUGCUCACAGCAGUCUUGGCUGUCUUGUUGGUAGCCCAUGGCACUACACCACUCCUGGCAGUUCCUUUAUCGAGGGCUUCCUGCCAAGUGUGAAAGCCUUUUGUUUUAGUAAUGGUUAGAGCUUUGGAUUGGAACAUCCAGCCCCAGGGGGUUUCACCUACUCAGCAAGGGACUAUUGAUCUGUAAAACAAGUCACUCAUGGGGUGUGUGGAAUCUAGUCCUCCAGCCCAGUGGGCAAGCAAUCCUCCUUGCACCCCUUAUCUUGACAGACAAAUCGACCCUUAGCUGGCUUUUCUGCUCUUUGGGAUAUAGCAGAACCACUUAGGACCACGUCCCCUUCUUCAAAGAAAACACAGCCCAGUUAAGAGGCCACACAACGUCUCUGAGCGCUGUCUCAGUAAAGUGGCAUCAGGUCCCCUUACCUUCUCCCUCUGCCCUACCCCUGAAUAGAAUUUUAUCCAAUUAAAUAUUUAAUCUCCUGACAAGCAGAGCAGGGAGCUAUCUUUCCUUCAAACUGACCCAGGAGACUGGGCUUUACAGCCUGGCCCCUUCCUAGCAAAAUAUCUAUAUUUGUAAGCAGAGGUGCUAUGGGCCAGUUUGUUGCUGUUGGGCAGCUCUCUGGACCUCCUGUGGCUGGAAGAGCCACUGCCACCGCUCCAAGUGCAAAGGACCUACUCUAUUGCUUUUGUCUCUCUGCUCCCCUUCACUCCUGCUUCUUCCUGCCCUUCCCCACCCCCACCUCCCUUUGUACUCACUGCAUUGCCACCGGGGUGUAUGAUUUUUGUGUUUAAUUUGUAUUCACAUGUUUAAAAAGUGGUUGUUACUUUUCAAAAUGUACUUGAAAGACAAAUCUGUAAUAAAUUUGUAGCAAUGUUUAGUA